AUGUCUCUGAUAUUAAUUCAUGUUAUUUUUACAUUGCUGCCAGGUUUUGACAGGCAUCUUUUUGGGCUGUAUCUUAUCGCCAGAGAGGAGGGACGUCCCAUCCCAGAGCUCUUCACGGAUCCCCUCUAUGCAAAGAGUGGUGGUGGUGGUAACUUUGUGCUGUCAUCCAGUCUGGUGGGCUACACUACAGUUCUGGGGGCCGUGGCUCCCAUGGUGCACCAUGGCUAUGGCUUUUUCUACCGCAUCAGAGAUGACAGGAUUGUGGUUUCCAUCUCAGCGUGGAAAUCUUGCCGUCAGACAGAUGCCGCAACACUAUUCAACAACUUCAGUAGCUCCCUGCACGAGAUGCUCCACCUGGCCACCACAUCUCAGCUAUAAGUGCUCACACCAACAGACAGUAGCUAAACACUAAUUAUAUACCUUUUACCUCUCCUCAGUUAAUAGCCGACAGCUAGUGAUAGUAAUGUUUGUUCUCAGCACAGAUCAAUGCAAAUGUACAGAAUCAGCACUGGUGAGUGCUAUGCACUGGUUCUGGCAUUAUGAAAAGUAACUUUUCUCUUUCUUGUAGUACUAAAUAAGACUUUUUAAGCAUAAAUUGUUGUAUUGGGUGUAUAUAUUAUUUCUUAUUCUGUGAUUUUCAUGAUUGUGGUAUAAGUCUUUAUUGAGAAUGUUUAAUUUUAAAUCCUGACAGUAUUGAUCCACAUGUAAGCCAAACUGAUGAUAAAUCUCAAGGC